AUGUCCAUCACAACCACAGUCACAAAAAAGAAAUGCGGUGUCCUCGGAGCCACAGGCUCAGUCGGCCAACGAUUCAUUCUGCUCCUCGCUGACCACCCAAACUUGGUCCUCCACAAAGUCGGCGCCUCGUCUCGUUCCGCCGGAAAGAAAUACAAGGAUGCCGUGAAAUGGAAGCAGGCCAUGCCCAUGUCCAAGGAUCUCAGCGAGCUGAUCGUUCAAGACUGCACGGCGGACAAGUUUGCGGACUGCGAUCUUGUAUUUUCUGGAUUGGAUAGCGACAUUGCCGGUGAUGUUGAAAUGCAAUUCAUUAAAGCCGAAAUUCCCAUCUUCUCCAACGCCAAAAACUACCGCAAACACCCUCUGGUCCCCCUCGUCGUCCCCACCGUCAAUCCGUCGCAUCUCGAACUCAUUCCCCAUCAGCGCAAAGAAUUCGGCCUUAAAAAAGGUUUCCUAGUGUGUAACUCCAACUGCGCCGUUAUUGGAAUCGUCAUUCCCUUUGCCGCUCUACAAGCCAAGUUCGGCGCCGUUGAAGAAGUCGAGAUAUUUACAGAGCAAGCCGUUUCGGGAGCUGGAUACCCCGGUGUUCCCUCGAUGGAUAUUGUGGAUAAUGUGAUCCCAUUCAUAAGUGGAGAAGAGGAUAAACUUGAGAACGAGGCACAGAAGAUUCUCGGUGGACUCAAUACCGAGGCAACGGCUUUCCAGGAACAAUCCGGUCUACGUGUAGGCGCUACAUGUACCCGUGUCGGUGUGACAGACGGCCACAUGGCAUUCGUCUCGCUACGAUUCAAGAACAGAGAUUCCAUCCCCAGUGCGGAACAGGUCAAGCAGGCUCUGCGGGAAUACCAGUCAGAAGCCCAGAAAUUGGGCGCUCAUUCAGCGCCCGAAAAUGCGAUUGUCGUCUUUGAUGAACCUGAUCGUCCUCAACCGAGACUCGACCGUAAUAUCUCUGGUGGAUAUGCGGUCAGCGUUGGACGUGUGCGCGAGGGUGCGCCGGGAGGGCAUUUUGAUAUUCGGUUUGCUUGUUUGUCGCACAAUACUGUCAUUGGGGCUGCGGGAUCGUCUAUUUUGAAUGCGGAGGUUGCUAUCAUCAAGGGAUACCUUUAA